AUGCCUGCGGACCUCAGGAGAACAUAUAGCACGCGCUCUUCCACGGCUAAAUCCCUCCUACCGUCCUCGCCAACCUCCGAGCUCACCUCACCACCUCCGACCAAGCGGAAGCGGCCAUUCACCGACCGUCCCACGGAGCAGAAUACCCCAACCAAGAAGCCGCGACGCGUCCUCAAAUCUGACGGGAAGGUUGCGAAGUCGGGGGAUAAGGGCAAAAGCAAGCAACCCAAGCUCACUCAGCUGCAUUUCUCGUUGGACACUCCGACGCUCCGCACCUGUCCCCUAUGUGACCUCUCCUACACUCGGGGCGCUCCUGAUGAUGAGUCUCUACACAAGGCGCAUUGCGCACGCGUUCAGCGUGGUCUUGAGUGGGGUAAGGAGGAGACGCGCGAAGAAACCAAGGGAGGCGUCGAGGAGCUUGAGAGUAACAUCAAGCUCAGCAACGGCUCGCGCGGGCGUAUCAUCUGCUUCCGCCCCGACAUUGGCGGCAAGAUCGGCGCCAAGCUCUCCCUUCUGCUCGAGACUAUUCGCCUCGCGCUUUCCUCUCCGGCACUCUCCAAGGCGGUGCUCCAUAAAUCCAAGAUCUACCUCUUCCUCUCCUCCCCGCCCGGCCCCGCGCCGCAGAGAGAGAAGAUCGUUGGCUGCGUCGUCGCCCAACGCAUCUCUUCCGCCAUGGCUAUCGCCCGUCCGUCCGAAAUUUCCGCCGCGUUUCCCUCCACACACACUACCUCGUCCUCUUCCCAGCCAGCCGCCGAAACUCUCGAGCCCGCUACCCAGGCAUCGCCUUCCGUUAAUCCCGCUUUGUCGCUUCUCCCUGUGGACGACUCAACGAACCUCUACGUUCACCCCACAUUGCUGCCCACCAGCAUGGGUGUUCCUCGGCUGUUCGUCUCGUCCGAGCACCGCCGGCUGGGCAUCGCGUCUCGUCUGCUCUCUGUCGCCGCGGCAACGUUCAUCCAUGGGUGCCCGCUGAACCCUGCGCGGGGCCACAUCGCGUUCACUCAGCCGACAGGCGCGGGCAAGGCCGUCCUUGAGGCCUGGGGCAAGGGUGGUGUGCGGAUCUACGAGGAGGAAGCGAACAUCUGAACUCUGGAGUCUGAUCUUUCAAUAAUUGUGUUAUGCAACUAUAUAUAAUGCAGAGUUCCUGGACCACUGUCGAUGACGAUGGCGUCUGGACAUGCCGAACCGUUGUAGAUGUACGCUUGCUCUAUAUGUUUUAUUCCUUCAUAAGUAUUCAAGGUUCCUGCAUGUUACCCUGCACUCGAUAUACCGCCUGUAGUUUUGCU